GAAUCCCAAUUGCCUGGCCCUUCCAGCUCUUCUGCUUUGGAAUUAUUACUAAGACAGAAGGUAAAGGUUUAAAUUUUUUCUUUUAGUAAAAAAAUACGCCACACAUACACACAAACAUACAUAUACAUAUAUCUAGAUGCAGAAAGCCAGCUUUAUCGUACCAAAUCUAGCCAGUAGAAGGACUCUGUAGGGCUCCUGAGGGAAGAACUAAGGACCCUUGAAAGAGGGAAUGGGGAACCCCUGAGAGAAGACCUCCAAGAUCUCUCAGGGACUGGCUGGGAACUCCUGAAAGAGAAUUUAGGAAACUACUGAAGGAUGAGUUGGAGACCCCCAGAAUAACAUGCGUGGGGCAUCUGGGAUGAGUUGUCUCUGUAGGAGAAGAGGCAACAGGUAUCAAAGCCAGCAUCUGCCUGAAAAAGUCCUCAGUUCAAGUGAGGAGCCUUGGCUUUGGAUCCAGCCUCUGACACUUCCCAGCUAUGGGAUUGUGGACAAAUCAUUAAAAUUGAAUCUUCGUCUUAAAGAUGAAUAUGAUAAUUUUGUAUUACCUGCCUCAACAGGCAGUGGUGAGGAAGGACUUUGCAAUCCUGCAUGCACUUUGUGAAUAUGUAUAAUUAAGGUAAAUAGGGAAGAAGAAUGGAAGACUGAGGUUGCAGUACGUGCCACACACUGUCGGACAUCACUGAAGUGUCUUCAGAUUUUGCUUGUGUUUAUUAAGAGGUAGGGCUCACUAGUUAGGGGAGGGGAGUUAGAGAAAGCUGGACAUGACUGUGAUCUAAAGCAGAAAGAUACCAAUAAUUAUUUUUUCCUUUUCAGGGGCCAGAGGUAUGAGCUGGAUAUGUCUCAGGGUCCUGAGGAGGAAAUAAGGAAACUCAGAUAUUCAUUGUUAGACAGUAGAGAAAUGAGGCCAGGUGGGGCAAAUUCUCUCCCCAUCAUCAACACAACCCAGGUUAUGAGGGUCCCAGGCAGGGGUCUCCUUCAUGUCCAGCAGCCUACCUGCUGCCACCUUGGGCUGGCCAACGACAUCCCUCCCAAAUGGGCAGGGCAGGGCAGGCCAACUCCGCCCAGAGGAGGGAGUGAACAGGCUGAGAGAGGAAGGUGUGUGGGAGCAGCUAUCUAAGACUGUCCCUCACUUGCCUCCCUGCAGGGUUUGGAAGAGGAGGAGCUGGAAGGUGGGGCCCAGCGCCCCCGAAGCCCAUGAACCAUGGACUGGAAGACUCUGCAGUCACUCCUGAGUGGUGUCAACAAGUACUCCACAGCGUUCGGCCGGAUCUGGCUGUCGGUGGUGUUCGUCUUUCGCUUGCUGGUGUACGUGGUGGCGGCGGAGCGCGUGUGGGGGGAUGAGCAGAAGGAUUUUGACUGCAAUACACGCCAGCCCGGCUGCACCAAUGUCUGCUACGAUCACUUCUUCCCCAUCUCCAACAUCCGCCUGUGGGCCCUGCAGCUCAUCUUCGUCACCUGCCCCUCGCUGCUGGUCAUCAUGCACGUGGCCUACCGGGAGGAGCGGGAGCGGCGGCACCGGGAAAAGCACGGGGACAAAUGCGCCCGGCUCUACGAAAACGCCAGCAAGAAGCAUGGCGGGCUCUGGUGGACCUACCUGCUGAGCCUCUUCUUCAAGUUCAUCGUGGAAGUCGUCUUCCUCUACAUUCUGCACACGCUGUGGUACGGUUUCUUCAUGCCCCGCCUGGUGCAGUGUGCCGGCGUGAGCCCCUGCCCCAACACCGUGGACUGCUACAUCGCCAGGCCCACCGAGAAGAAGAUCUUCACCUACUUCAUGGUGGGGGCCUCAGCCAUCUGCAUUGUCCUGACCAUCUCUGAGAUCUGCUACCUCAUCUCUAAGAGACUAUCCCGGAGCUUCUGCCAAAAGAAGCACAAGCGCUCUGCCCUGCACUCUCCCUCCUCCAGCAGGGCAUCCACCUGCCGCUGCCACCAUCUGCUGACCCACCAUGGGGGCGAAGAGGGCAUGGUCCAAGGCAAGGGGGCAGAGGCCCUUCGGGCCUCUGCACCCAACCUGACUCUCAUCUGACCCCGGGAUGGAGCGAGGCAAGGGGCCUGAGGACUGCCCACCAAGACUGGGGUAUGCUGAGCCAGGCACGGUCAACCCAUUGUUCAUGACUCCCCCAUUGUUCGUGACUCCCGGGAGUUCCUGUUCCUCUGACCCCAGGGCCAGAAGAGUCAACAUGGGAGAAUGAGAGUAGAGGAGGAGGCUUGGGGGUCCUGGGGAAGGAGUUCCCACUCUGGGAGCCUCAGGGAAGAUCAGUCGGGGAGAAAGGGUUAGUAGCUAAUCUCUAACCUCAUAUCCUACAAUUGGGGGGGAGGGGCAGAGAGAUGGGGCAGAACCAGAUCAGAGUAACCCUCUACUCCCUAUCACCAGGGCUAAAUUCUGUUGGUGCUUAGGAGGCCUUCAGGGCAGCCCUGUUACUCCCCCAAGGAGUCAGAAGGGAGGGGCAUGAUAAGAUGGGUCCUUCUCCCCAACCAGAGGUCACAGGACCAUCAUCUGAGAGCUCAGGUCGGGACACACAGAGUUGUGGGUUAGGCCAGCAGGCCACACAGACUGAAAUGAGAGUAGGUAAGUCCCAACAAAGAGGAUCCAGCAAUGAUGCAAUAUCUAGGGGCUUAGGCUAUGGCUUCUUCCUCCAAGUCCAAUCUGGUUUCCUUCCACCCUUGCCUUCAGAACUCUCUCUUUCCAUAUUGAAGAGAUCUGUUAUUUCUUUUCCCUACCCCCUAAUCUCCAGAAGAAUCCUCUAAACUCAGGGCCCUAGCAGGUUUUGUCCCCAAGAAGUUCUUCUGAAGCUUGGGGACAGAUUCACUAGGAAUGCUGGUUUAGGGAGCAGUAGAAUUGACUCAUCUUCCCAUCCUGAACUAAGGUUGAAGGCAUGAAGCACACUAAACAACAGGUGAGAAUGAAAAGAUGAUUUUCUCUUGAAAUUCAAUUAAAAAAAGACCUGGUUUGGGUUUUUUUUCCUAAAAUCAUGAUAUCACUGGACUCCUCUUAUCCUUAUGGGCAGGGAAAAUUGGGGA